AUGUUCGAGGCUCCACGGAAUUUGACUUUUGUUGACAAUUCCCCAAACAGGGACGGCCUGACUGAGCUCUCAGGAAGCCGAGGGAUCUAUUCCAGAUCCGAUGAUCUGGAAAAGCAGGGUUGCUCUCCUUACUCCAACCCGUUGGCUGGGAGCACCAAUGUAUCUAUUGCAGAUACCUUAAACGACGAAGCCGAAAGCCCUGCUCCGUCCAAAAGAUCAAAGCUCGGGAAAUAUUUUCUUUCCGAUAUUGAUCGAAACUGGACGGAAGCUAUUCUUAUCUCGUGCGGCUUUGUGAGCGGUCUCGUCGAUGGUCUUUCAUUUACUUUUUGGAGCAGUUUCUCCAGCAUGCAAACAGGAAACAUAAUCAACCUCGCCCUCGGCGUCUGCGGCAACCUGCACCACCAAGACAAACUCUGGGUCAAAGCCCUAAUCGCCGUCGGUGCCUUCCUCCUCGGCACCUUCUGCUUCAUCGCCGGCUCCUGGAUGCUCGGCCCCCUGCGCCGCAUAACAAUGAUCUCCUCCUUCGCCCUCCAAACAAUCCUCAUCAUGGUCGCCGCCAUCCUCGCCCACACAGACGCCAUCGGCGAAACACCAUCCGGCGAUCCCACCCGCUGGCUACAAGACGUCGCCAUCGCACUCCUCGCCUUCCAGGCCGCCGGCCAGAUCCUGGCGUCGAAGUUUCUGGGGUUCCCCGAGAUUAUUACUGUUGCGUUGUCGGCGGUUAUGUGUGAUAUUUUUCUUGAUAAGAAGUUGUUUCAUGGGUGGAGGGAGAACCCGAAGAGGAAUCGAAAGAUAGGGUUUGUGCUUGCAUUAUUCCUUGGGGCUAUGACGGGUGGUGGGAUGGCGAGGCAUCAUGGACUUGCUGCGGGUUUGUGGUUGGCGAUGGCGUUGAAGGGGGCUAUUACGGUGACGUGGUGUGUGUGGCCUGAGUGUCCGCCGCCUGUGGAGGAGGGAGAGGGGAAGGGGAAGGAGGUGGAGCUCCGAGAGGCUGGGGAUCCUUGUGGCGGUCUAGUAUUCAUUGCUAAGCCCAAUUCCACGUUGUCGUCCUUUUACUCCCCCGUUUCUCCCUCACCUCCAGCGGUGUCUUCCACCGACCUUUCCGGCGCGUUUGACGAGGCCUACGAAGUUUACGACCCUGCCACGACCUUUACGACUGAUUCACGACAACGCCAGCAGCAGGCUGCUUCGCGUCCUGCUUCUACUGUUUUUGCUUCUCAAGACCCGCUUCUUCUUCUUCGUCGCUCGUCGAGUGUUGUCUCAGACAGCUCCCGCACGUUACGGAGGUCUCCUCGGUCAUCGGACAUUCACCAGCAGCAGCUCCAGCAGCAGCUACAACAACAGCGUCUGUCCCACCGGAGAGCGCUGUCCGUCGAUGUGUCCGGUCAUCAUCAGUACAUAGAGCAAUCGAUCCCCGUCUCUGUUUAUCCCGCGCCUCUUGCUCCGACAAGCAGAAACGCAACCGCGCCUCCGCCUCCGCCUCCGCCUCCGCGUCCAGCACUCUCAGAAGCGCAGUCCGAAGACGACCACUCCGUUGUUGAAGACUCCUACGAGCGAUUCAACAAUUCUGAUUGGCCUCGUCGAUCUACGCACGUCUCGCCAACUACCGCGUCUGCCGUCCUUUGGACCCUCGAGGAAGCCUUUCGCAAACCGUUUCCCUUUACUAUCGAUUGGGACGAAGUGAACGCACCCAUGUCGGACUUGGUUGGUGUAGCCCCCGCUGCCACCGCUCUAGGUAGUGCAGGUGCUGCAAAUCAUGGUCGGGUACAGAAUGGUGCGCCCCGUCCCGUGCCGGUCAACACGAACCCGCCCAGCGGUGUGCGAACACCUACGGAUAUCAUGAGACAGCGUCGAGAACGAGAAGGUCGUCGCAAAGCAGAGCAAGAAGCGAGAGAUCGAGAACAGCAGCAGCAGCAGGAGCCGCAGCCGCAAUCCCCUGCUCAGCAGCAGCCGUACGCUGCUGGCGUUGAUCGAAUGUCGCAACGCCGACCUACUGCUUCGGCCGGGGCUGGUCACCGUAGGAGUGGGAGUCAGCCAGGACCGCCUCCGUCGUCCGCUCAGCCAAUUCCUGGUUCGCAGCCAAAGCCGCAGCAGCCUGGUGCCACCAAACCAGCAGAUGCUUCUCAGGAGCCUCGCCGUGUGGCUUUCCCGCACGCGUUUGAACGAUGGGAAACACUGUCCUCCCACUGGGAAGGAUUGACCGGUUACUGGAUCCGCAAGCUGGAGCAAAACAACGAAGCCUUGGAGCGUGAUCCCUUGAGCCAACAGAUGGCCCGUCAAGUCACAGACCUCUCCGCUGCCGGCGCCAAUCUAUUCCACGCGGUGGUCGAACUGCAACGCCUACGAGCCUCCUCCGAGCGCAAAUUCCAACGCUGGUUCUUCGACACCCGCGCUGAACAAGAACGCGCCAAAGAACUCCAAGCCGAACUAGAACGCCAAAUCCAAACUGAACGCCAGACCCGCGCAGAAGCAGUCGCAUCCUACCAAAAAGCCGAGUCCGACAAAAGACGAGUCGACGACCUAGUCAAAGAAAUGCGUCGCGAGCUCCAAAUCUCCAAAGACGAAGCCCGUCGCGCCUGGGAAGAGCUCGGCCGCCGUGAACAAGAAGAACGCGAUCGAACUGCCUCCCUGCGCAACGGCGAACCAACUCUCGUCGGCGGCGUCCAAGUCGUCCCUAUGAUCCCCAGCCGCCAGCACCCGAUUAACUACUCCUCGACGGAAGAGAACGAGGACCGCUACGCGCGCGACGCAGCUAUGAAAAUGUCCGACACAGGCGAAGCCCAGUACUACGAUGACCAACCACCCUCGCCAACAGGAAGUGACCCUUUCUCGGAAACCGUGCGCAAAACCGAUCCCGUGUCAACAACCCCAGCCUCCCAGCCCCAACCAUCCUACCCGGGCCACUUCUACCGUCCUGAAAACGCAACCGUCCCAGGCCAUACCCGCGCGACCUCCGACCCGGAGUACGGCCAAAGCGUAGAGGGCAGCGAGCCCGGCGACGAAGAAUACACACACUACCAGCGUGAUUCCCAAGGCCGUCCAAUCGUUUACCCAGGCACCAUGUCCGAAGAAAGCGACGACUACGAUCCAGAAGACAUCGGCCCGGAGGGCAGCUACGUCCCCAGCACUUCUGCCUCUCCUUCCGCGCCUACAACCUCUGCGCCGGUGUACAAUUACCCCCCGACGUCUGGAGGCUGGAGCUGGGACUCUGUCACACCGCGCCAUCGCCAUCCGACGCGUCUUAGCGAUGUGAUGGAAGAAGACGAGCCGAGGACGACGCCUAGUCGGGCUAGUCGGAAUAGUCGGGCUAGUCACUGA